UCUCCUGUCCCCUUUGCAACUGCAGGCAGCUUUUCCCCCACCUCAAUUUUGUUCGCCACCCGCCGCCGGCGAGCUCCGCUCCGCUCCUCUCUGCUCCGCCGCGUCGUCGCUGCCGCCCCCGCCCCCUCUCAGAAUCUCUUCCCUGGCACACUCUCUCUCUCGCGCGCAUUGAUUUGUUUCCUCUCUUUCAAAACCACCCAAGCGGGGUAACUAAUUAAGGCUUGCCGAGCUGGUUGGUUCUGUUAACCUAGACGGGAUCCCAGCGCGAGUCAACCAGCCAGAGCAGGGAGCAGAGCGCCGCCGGCUCCUACCUCUCUCUCCGGCGUGGCGGGCGGGUCUUCCACCACCAUCAGGCACUAGUCUCUCCUCCGCCCGCCGCAGCGCCGCCCCUCUCCCUCGGCCUAGUGUCGUGGAAUCGGUUGAUUUGAGUUCUUCUCCUGUUGGUAGGAAGGAAAACCCUAGAUUUGCGUCUUUUGGGUGGUGGAUCCACCAAAUUGUUGUAAGGGAGAGUGGAGAUAGCUGCGGAUUUGUCCGCCCCAACCCAUCCGUCCAUGGUCCGAGCAGGCUCUUCUUCCUCAGCGCGCAAGGUGAAUCAAGCCAAGCAAGUUGAGAACGUGUUUGAGGAAUUAAUCAGCAAGAUAGAACCUGCGGAGUUUGAUCUGCCCCCCGUGUUGAAACAAUGGAAGUUAGGCUACUAUGUACCAAUCAAGCGGAAUGUAUAUCGCACUAAGAGGCGCAUUGAAGAUUAUGGCAUUUACUGUUCCUGUACCCCUUCUUCUGGAUCAUCAGUUGCUUGCGACAAAGACUGCCAAUGUGGGAUGCUGUUCUCCUGUUGUUCGUCAAACUGUAAUUGUGACAACACAUGUGCCAACAAAUCAUUCCAACACAGACCUCUUAAGAAAACAAAACUGAUUAAAACAGAGAAAUGUGGCUUUGGAUUGGUAGCUGAGGAUGAAAUAAAGAAAGGAGAAUUUGUUAUAGAAUAUGUGGGAGAAGUUAUUGAUGACAAAACAUGUGAGGAAAGACUAUGGAAAAUGAAAAGGCUGGGUGACACUAACUUCUAUCUUUGUGAGGUCAGUAGCAAUAUGGUCAUUGAUGCUACAGACAAGGGAAACAUGUCCCGGUUUAUAAACCAUAGUUGUGAACCAAACACAGAGAUGCAGAAAUGGACUGUCGAUGGAGAGACCAGAGUUGGGAUUUUUGCUCUUCGUGACAUAAAGAAAGGGGAGGAGCUGACCUAUGACUAUAAAUUUGUCCAGUUUGGAGCAGGUCAAGAUUGUCACUGUGGAUCUUCAAACUGCAGAAAAAUGCUUGGCACAAUGAAGUCAACGAAGUCAGUUAAUUCAACUGUUCUUCACAAUGGCAAUUCAGGAAGCUCACAAGAUCAGCCUGUCAGGAAGAAAAAAAAGACAAAGUGUGAGAAUUGCCUUGGGCAGUUUCUUCGUUUGUGGCAUCCACGAGAAAAAAUGUACCUCGCAUGUUGGGUAUAUGACUUCGAUCAAGAAACUAAACUACAUACUCUGCAGUUUUGUGACCUCCAUACUGAAAAGUUUAAUUUGAAAGAAGAAGACUGGGCCUUCUUACCGGAUCCAGACGAUCCGACAGAUGAAUCUGAGUGAUCAUUGAAGGAACACCAUGGUUCGCUGCGCUGCCAGGCUGAUUUGGCUCAUUGUCAUCACAGCAAAUAAAAUCAAUUUGCAGUUUCUCCUGUUUGGAGUUCACUGGAACCCUUAGUUCAGACUUGUGUACGCUCCGGCCUCAUAAACUGUGCCUGCUGUUUCCAGUUGCCGAACCGAACGACACCCCGAUUGCAUUGUUCGUUGCGCAUCCUGUGAAUGCUUAGAAACAAAAUAAAGUCUUGGUGAGUUUUGUACUCUACAAGCUUUGUUGCGUUGUGCUGUGGAAAGUGUACUCUACAGCAGACGAUAUGUCGGUUAUUGUCAAGAAGCUUGAACUGAUAUGUUGGAACGUCCUCUGAGCCUAGAAUGGUUUUGCUU